GGUAAACGCUGGGAAUGCGGUUUGGUUUGUGAAAUGAUCUCCUAAACAAGACGGGGAUUUUAUUAUUGCUUAUGUCAUGCAUGCAGCCAGGCCCCUCGCCUGUGCUUUGUACAGCCAUCAUGCCAGCGUGCUUCCUAUAGGAGAAGCUUUUGUCUCCCUUUAGUGUGCAUUUCUCUCCACUGUCAUCUGCCUCAGACUUCCCUAUGUUAACUCUUUUGAGCAUGUUUUACUAUAUUUGUCUGCGGCGGCGCUCCAGGAGUGGAACUCGUGGGGAGGCGCUGACCAGUCGACGAGCUGUGGAGUCAGGCCAGAGGGCAGUGUUGCCUGUCAGUGUGGAGGUGGAGCAGUAUGCCAAGGAGGUGCUGGACUUCAGCUCCCAUUAUGGCAGUGAGAACAGCAUGUCUUACACAAUGUGGAACUUGGCCGGAGUGCCUAAUGUGUACCCCAGCUCAGGGGACUUCACUCAGACAGCUGUGUUCAGAACCUACGGGACAUGGUGGGAACAGUGUGCCAGUGCCCCACCACCUUUCAAGCGCAUCCCUAAAGACUUCUACAGCCACGAUUAUAUAGAGCUGGGAUAUGAGGAGCCUGUUUAUCCAACCUCUGUAGAAGUGCUUGAGACUUAUUACCCAGGAGCCAUUGUCCAGAUCCUGGCCUGCUCCCACAACCCCUUUUCUCAGAAUCCACCCAUAGAUGUCAGGUGGGAGGUGCUCUGGUCAGGAGAGCCCACCAAAGCACUGACACCCCAAGCACGGCAGUUUGCACCAGCUAUAAAACACAUCAAUUUCCCCACCAACCUGCUACGCCUGGAGGUCAACAGCUCUCUGCUGGACUACUACACAGAGCUGGAUGCUGUCAUUCUGCGAGGAGUGAAGGAGAGGCCCAUGCUGGCCCUCUAUAAAUUGCCUAUUAUUGACAUUAACGACCUCAGUGACAGUGAGGAGGAGCUCUCUGAUACAGGGGUUCCGUUUAGACAAGAGGUUGAGAGAAAAGGAAAUGGUUACUUUGACAAACUCCCCUAUGAGCUUAUCCAGCUGAUCCUGAGCCACUUGACCCUACCGGACCUGUGCCGUCUGGCCCAAAGCAGUAAGCUGCUGCAGCAGCACUGUUGUGACCCUCUGCAGUACACCCAGCUCAGUCUGCAGCCUUAUUGGGCUCGUCUAAACGAUGCUUCGCUGGGACACUUGCAAAGCCGCUGCACUCUCCUCCAGAGGCUCAACCUGUCCUGGACCGGCCACAGGGGGGCACUCACGCUCACAGGCAUCAGCAGCUUCCUGAAGGCAUGUGGGCAGAACCUGGUGUGCCUGGAGCUCUCGUGCUGUCACUUCUUGAAUGAGGCGUGUUUGGAGGUGGUGUCUCAGACCUGUAGACGGCUGCAGGAGCUCAACCUGUCAUCAUGUGACCGCCUUAGCCCUCAGGCCUUUACACACAUCUGUAAACUUACUCUUCUGCGCAGGCUGGUCCUCUAUAGAACCAAGAUUGAGCAAACUGCUAUCUUGAGCAUCUUAACUUUCUGCGUGGAGCUGAGACAUUUGAACCUUGGGAGCUGUGUGAGGAUUGACGACUAUGACGUUGUUGCCAGUAUGCUGGCCACCCGCUGCCACUCACUCUGCUCUCUGGACCUCUGGCGCUGCCGAAAUCUGACAGACAGAGGACUGGCUGAACUCGCCUCUGGCUGCAAGAUGCUGGAGGAGCUGGACCUGGGCUGGUGUCCCACUCUCCAGAGCAGCACUGGUUGUUUUCAGCAGCUGGCCCGAAGCCUGCCCCGGCUACGAAAACUCUUCCUCACUGCCAACCGCUCUGUGUGCGACUCCGACAUCGAGGAGCUGGCGAGCUGCUGCCCCUCUCUACAACACCUCGACAUACUCGGGACACGUCUAGUAAGCGCUGCUUCGUUGAAGAAGCUCCUCCAGGCCUGUCCUCGGCUGCGGCUGUUGGACGUCUCUUUCUGCUCCCAGAUUGACAUGCGUGUGGUCCAGGAACUCUCCGGACAGUUCCCCAAUGUGUCCAUAAAGAAGAGCUUUACACAGUGAUCCCAGAAUCUACUAACAGGAGGUUAGUGGAGCAAGGGUGCUUACCAGCUGACACUGCCUGGACAAUGACAAGGCCAGUGGAUGGUUGAGAUUUUAAAAGGCACCUCUGGUUUUACUGAUUUAACUGAAUGCAAUUGACUCUUUAAAGACUACUUUAGUAUAAACAAAUGGGUUCUAUUGUUGUAUUUUGGCAACUAGCUCAAUUUUUUUUGUUCAAUGUAAAGAUGAUGGUGAUUUGUCCUGGAAGUAAUUUCACAUUAUCUCAUUAGGAGCACAAACAUAAGGAGAAAGAAGCGUGAAAGCACUUAUAAAUAGGAUAAACAGCUGUGCUUGCAGGUCUUCAGAAGGUGCAACAACUAUUUACCUUGAUUCAUGAGAGUCAGAUAAAGGCAUUUAUCAACAUUGCAUUCUAUGAUAUUGUGAUAGUGUGGACUCCUUCUCCACAAUGCACCCAAAAUAAGUCAACAUGUCUGAGUACUAUGGAAAACUGCAUUGAGUUAACCUAACAUUUCCCUGUUUAUUAAAUUGA